UAUCUAAUAUAGACAAAAGUACGUGGAAAUAGGAACACUGAUAUUUUUCUGAUGGAGAUAUUAGUUGGCAAAACCUUUCCAGAGGUAAAUUUUGAAAUAUUUUAAAACAUUAAACUCAUUCACAUGCUAUAACCUGUAACUUCACUCUACUAAUUUGUCCUAAUAAAAUAUUCAGAUAAACAUAACCAUUUAUGGCAAAUAAUAUUAAUAUCAGAAUUUUUAUGAGUCCAGCAAAAGGUGGAUUAAAAGACACAGUAGGCAAAUGGGAUACCAAGUUGUCGUUAAAGAACUAGCUAAAAGCUAAAGGAAAAUCUUGCUAUCUAAUGUUAAGAAAAAAGAAUGAUUCAAAAAUAGACACAGAAAUGUGUAUACACCUUACAAACCUGGUGAAUCCUGAAAGACUCUUGUUAAGACAAACUGGCUAAGAGUGAUUUAAGCUUAGAAAGACACCUUGGUCCUUCCAAGAUUUAAAACUAGGCAGAGCCCUCUUCUUGCUGAUAUUCAUCCCAUGGGCCACUUUAUUCAUAAUAGAUCCUUUCAUACAUACUGAAAAUCAGUCAUGGCAGCCCUUGGUGAGCAAGUGUCAUAAAGUACUCCUUAGCAGGCUAGGCUGUGAUCCCAGCACUUUGGGAGGCAGAGGAGGGUGGAUCACUUGAGGCCAGGAGUUUGAGACCAGGCUGGCCAACAUGGUGAAACCCUGUCUCUACUAAAAAUACAAAAAUUAGCCAGGCCUGGUGGCACAUACCUAUAAUACCAGCUAGUUGGGAGGCUGAGGCAUGAGAAUUUGCUUGAACCUGGGAGGCAGAGAUUGCAGUGAGCCGAGAUUGCACCACUGCACUCCAGCCUGGGUGACAGAACGAGACUCUGUCUAAAAAAAAAAAAAGAACACCUUAGCAGCCCAGGGGCGGUGGCUCACGCCUGUAAUUCCAGCACUUUGGGAGGCCAAGGUGGGAGAAUUAUUUGAGCCCAGGAAUUCAAGGCCAUCGUGGCCAACAUAGUGAGAACUUGUCGCUACAAAAAAUUUUUAAAAAGUAGCCAGGUGUGGUGGCCUGCCCAUGUGGUCCCAGUUGCUAAGGAAGCUGAUGGCAUCACUGCACUCCAGCCUGGGUGAGAUCUUGUCUAAACAAAACAAAGCAAAACAAAAACAAAAACUCCUUAGCACUGUCACAACACCUAGCUUUUAAGUACUUGAACAAAAUUUUAGCUUUCAUCUGAAUUAAUGCUUGGAUGAUAGGCAGUCAAAGUUGAUGCUAGCUCUCUAAUCACAUACUCAGUAUUGUUUCCAUUUCUUUGAUUACUUUCCCUCAUUUUCUGCUAAUUGCUGUUCAUUGCAUAGACCCCGCCAGCAUUUUUCACAUUUUGAACCUUUUUGUCUUUCCGAAUCACUCUGUUGACUAAGGAUCCAUCUCUUACCCGCUUGCAACACAUGAUUUUUCUUACCACAUUCAAUCUGUUAAUCUGUUUUAUUUUCAUCAUAAUCCUAAACCUAUUCUCAAUAGCACAUUGAGCAUUCUGAAUUGUUUUUGCAAUUAUCAGACACUGAGGUUAAUAAUGUUGCAAAACACCUAAGAUUAAAUACAGCAAAUCUGCUGGUAAUGGAAAAUUAGCUGGCCAAGGCUAAGACGACCACGGCCAACUGCUAUUGUCAUCUGUCGAGGGCAAGCGAAGUUGAAACACUUUUACUUUUGGAGGAAAGUAUUUUCCAUCUCCGUGAAAGUUCACAGCUGGCUAGGUAUGGUGGCUCACGCCUGUAAUCCCAGCAAUUUGGGAGGCUAAAGCAGGAGGAUCACUUGAGGCCAGGCGUUUGAGACCAACUUGGGCACAUAGCAAGACUCCAUCUCUACGAAAAAUUUUAAAAAUUAGCUGGUUAUGGUGGUGCAUGUCUGUAGUCCCGGCUACUCAGGAGGCUGACGUGUGAGGAUCCCUUGAGCCCAGGAGUUUGAGACUAAAGUGAGCUGUGAUUGCACCACUGCCCUCCAGGCUGGGUGACAGAGUGAGACCCUGUCUCUUAAAAAGAAAAAGGAAAGUUCCUUUUUGCUGUAGGCCCGAGUGGUUGCUGCUGAAAUGGGCAAGUUCAUGAAAGCUGGGACGGUGGUGCUUGUUCUGGCUGGAUGCUAUUCUGGAUGCAAAGCCAUCAUCGUGAAGAACAUUGAUGAUGGUACCUUAGAUCGCCCCUACAGCCAUGCUCUGGUGGCUGGAAUUGACCGCUGUCCCCGCAAAGUGACAGCUGCCAUGGGCAAGAAGAAGAUCUCUAAGAGGUCAAAGAUCAAGUCUUUUGUGAAAGUUUAUAACCACAAUCACCUAAUGCCCACAAGGUACUCUGUGGAUAUCCCCUUGGACAAAACUGUCAUCAAUAAGGAUGUCUUCAGAGACCCUACUCUUAAACACAAGGCCCGAUGAGAGGCCAAGGUCAAGUUUGAAGAGAGAUACAAGACAGGCAAGAACAAGCGGUUCUUCCAGAAGCUGCGGUUUUAGAUGCUUCGUUUUGGUCAUUAAAAAUUGAAAAGAAAAAAAAAAGGAAAGUUCACAGAUGGCCAAACUUUUCCACAGCCAUGGUACCGUCCUAGUGAAGUACAUUUGAGACAAUAGUCAUCAAAUUACAUAUAAAUACGUAAUCAACCAAAAUUAUUUUUAGAUAGUUCAGUUGGUUUACGCUGUCUGAAUUGGCGGAGUCCGGGGGUUUGAUUUCUGUGUCAGUUACUUGAAGAAAAAUUGUGCCACUCAAAUACUCUACACCUAUGUCUAGCCAUGUCACAAAUACCUGCUCUUCAGGGGGCCUAGAUACAGUAUGUCGGGAGACAAUCAUGUCAUUUCCACAGUCCAUAUAGAACAAUGCCGUUACCUGCCUUUGUAAUAAUGUGUGAACCUGGACUCUGCAAACUCAAAACCUCAUGUGUUACCCGCUUGCAACACAUGAUUUUUCUUACCACAUUCAAUCUGUUAAUCUGUUUUAUUUUCGUCACAAUCCUAAACCUAUUCUCAAUAGCACAUUGAACAUUCUGAAUUGUUUUUGCAAUUAUCAGACACUGAGGUUAAUAAUGUUGCAAAACACCUAAGAUUAAAUACAGCAAAUCUGCUGGUAAUGGAAAAUUAGCUGGUCAAGGCUAAGAUGACCACGGCUAACUGCUAUUGGCCAUGCUUCUAUCCAUUAACAGGAAAGAAGACGCCUUAGUCAUAUAUUUAAAUUUUUUUUAAAUUAUGUCAGGCCCUGCGAGGUAGCUCACGUCUGUAAUCUCAGCACUUUGGGAGGCCAUGGUGGGUGGAUCACCUGAAAUCAGGAGUUCAAGACCAGCC